UCCCAAAUUCGGAUUCAGCAUUUCAUAAUACAAGUGUCAUAAAAACUGUCAGUGGAGGUUAUGACAGCAAAAUUAUCAGUGCAAAUAUGAACGUGGAACUGCAAGAAAGAUUGGUAAAGGCAAUCAGCGAAGCACUUCGCGCUUUUUCCACAGUCGAACCGGAGUUUAAAUACUUGAAAUGGGGCAACCACCCCGUUUGCGACGUUGUAAUUAAAGUACACCUUACACAAUCUCUACGCACCGUGAAGCACGCCGAAGGGAUCGUUAUUGAAUUUUGCAAACGGCCCGAAGCGGAUGUAGCUAGCGAGAGGGUGCAAAUUUGGGGUGAUCCGAACGUGGUUGGCAGAACAAACUCCGUGAGAGAUUUGGCAAACUGGUUUGACAAUCAAAAGUCGCCCCGGGCAGUGGAUAUUCUGCAUUAUCAUCGCGGGGGCAAUGUGAAAAAGAACGUUGACGUGCCAUCGACAUUACCUGGUGUAAGUGAGGGGCUAGCAAGAACGGAAUCGAAUGAUUCUUUUGAAGAGAAAGAUGAGUUCGGUACUUCACUUACAACUAAAUUACUUAUGUGUUUAGUGGUAGUCUAUAGCUUCAUUUUGUUUAAGUUUCUUUGGGAAUACACCGGUACAGUACCUCAAGCAUAAUCAGAGUAUGGACAUUAUCGCCACAAAUUUGUAUCGUUAUUUCCUCGACUUAGAGUUGUUUAAAAUAGAUAAUU